AUGCCCAUUUCCAGAAAUCUAAGAACCCAAUAUCACAUCAAAGACCUCUCCUUAAUCAUCUCCUUUCUCUUCUUCCUCUACCUCCUCCUCCACCUCCACCUCCACCGCUCCUCCUCCACUCUCCCAUCAUUCCACACCAACACCACCUUAAGCAGUAACUCCAGCAACACAACUACCACUCCAACUACCCUUCGCCACAUUCUCUUCUCCAUCGCCUCCUCCUCCGACACCUUCCCCAAACGCAAUGACUACAUUCGCCUCUGGUACAAACCCAACUCCACAAGAGCCUACCUCUUCCUAGACCGCCCGACACCCAUCUCCUCCCUUUCCACCACCACCACCCUCCCUCCAACCCUCAUCUACGGCAACACCUCAAAAUUUCCCUACAACUUCCAAUGGGGCCAUCGUUACGCUAUUCGCAUUGCGCGAAUCGUAAAACAAGCCGUCGAACAGAACGACUCUGCCAUCCGAUGGUUCGUCUUCGGCGAUGAUGACACAGUGUUUUUCACGGUGAAUUUGGUUCAGACGCUGGCGAAGUACGACCAUGAUAGGUGGUUUUAUGUGGGGGCUAACUCGGAGCGUUAUGAGCUGAAUGAGUAUUUCUCGUUUGAGAUGGGGUUUGGUGGUGCAGGGUUCGCCAUCAGCCAUUCUUUGGCUAGGGUUUUAGCUAGGGUUUUGGAUUCGUGUCUCAUGAGGUACCCACAUUUGUAUGGGAGUGAUGCUAGGGUUUUCUCCUGCUUGGCAGAGCUUGGUGUUGAGUUAACACAUGAAUCUGGUUUUCAUCAGGUCGAUCUUUUGGGAAACCUCUUUGGAGUGCUGUCAUCACUCCCACUAUCACCUUUAGUAUCUCUCCAUCACUUAGAUUUUGUGGAUCCAAUCUUCCCCAACAUGACCAGGACUCAAGCUUUGGAACACCUUUUCGAAGUUUCCAAUGUUGAUCCUGCUAGAAUAUUGCAACAGACUGUAUGCUAUGACACUUUAAACUCAUUCACUGUAUCAGUUGCUUGGGGUUAUGCUGUCCAAGUGUUUGAAGGCAAUCAUCUUCUUUCUGAUCUCCUGUCAGUCGAAGAAACUUUCAAGUCAUGGGAAAAAAAAGGUGAGGAUUUGAACUCAGAAACUCAUCUCAACAAAGCAUUGUCUCAAUAUUUUGAGAUGGGUUGCAUAAAUCGUGUUUCAUUAAAGAGAGGUCAUGAUAAUAUCAUCUACGUCUGUACCGCUCCUCGUAGAGUGGAUCCUGCAUCCAGCCAAAUGUUUGACCAGGGGAGAAUUCCCACUACAGCUGGCAGGCCAACCGGGUGA